GAGACCGGCGGCGGCGGCGAUGGCCAAGAAGCUAGGGAAGAAGGCCCGCAAGUUCGCGAACAAGCACCUGCAGGGCGGCGCCAAGCGCAGCCGCAAGCUCCGCUCCCAGUUCAACCGCCGCACCCGCAAAGAUGGGAAGGGACGGGAGGACGGCGGCCGCCUGGACGGCGACGGCGACGAGGAGAUGCGCCGGAGCGAACCCACCAUGAACACACAUGAAGAUGUAUCUACUUUGGCUAACUCUUUAGAGUUUCCAGAAGAUGAGCACGAAUUUGAUGGGGAUCUGUCCGACAGCGAUGGCUAUCUUUCAGAGGAUCCUGAGUGUCCGUACUAUUCUGAUAGUGAGGAUGGCGAUGUUGUCAAAGAUUGUAUUGUAAAAGAUGGUCUCGAUGGACAGAACAAUGAUAUGAAUUUAGCGGUAAAAAAGCAAAAGAAGAAGUUGAAGAAGUUGUUGGAUAAGGACCCUGAGUUUGCAAACUUCCUUGGGAAGUGGGAAUCGGAAUUGGUGAGCCAUGAAAGUGACGAAGAUUCAGAUGAACAAGAUGAGAUGGAUUCCGGGGACGAUGGUGUUGAUGCUGGUGAUAAAAAUCCUCCUAGCGAUAAGAUCCUUACAAGCAAGACAAUAAGUGAAUGGUGUCAGCUAGUGUCAAAGGACCCUAAAGCACCUGCCCUGCGUAACUUACUAAAUGCUUUUCGGGAUGCAUGUCGAUUUGGUCUGCACUCAAAUAGCCUUUCCACGCAGAGACUUCAAAGUACCGAAGUAUUUCAUCAGAUAAUUACGUUCAUUCUUUCUGAGGCAGACAACAUUUUCCGUUCUCUCUUAGACAUUCCUGAUGAUGACAAAGGGAAACUUAUGAAUCUGAGAAAUGGACAGAAAUGGCAAGAUGUCGAGCCGCUCAUAAAGUCUUACUUGCGGAAUUGUCUUGAUCUGCUUAGUCAACUUACUGAUAACCAAAUACUUACCAAUGUCCUGACUCAGCUUCGAGCAUCUGCGGUAUAUUUUUCUGCAUAUCCAUCAACAUCAAGGAGGCUUCUAAAGAUCUUAGUUCACUUCUGGGCAAGUGGUGACCAGAGCUUGUCCCUCUCUUCAUUUCUUAUGAUUCGAGAAGUGGUUUCACUGUUACCUGACUGUCUGGAUCUCUGCUUGACCAAAGGAUAUAAUACAUACCUUUCCAGUUCGAAGCUUGUGGACAACAGAAAUAUAAAGAAUAUUGAUCUUUUUAUGAACUGUCUGGUGGAACUUUAUUCGCUGGAUGUCCAGAAAUCAGGUGAAAGGGCAGCAACUUCCGUGGGACAAUUGAGUGCUAUUCUUAGACAGGUGUCUAAAUCAAAGGAAAAGGAAGACCUCUUGAAGAUUGAUAACUGGCAAUAUAUUAACUGUAUAAACCUAUGGGUUAGGUUUAUUUGUGUUAAUUACAAGGAUUGCCACAACGUCCAUUCAUUAUUAUCCUCAGUUGCACAGAUAAUAAGAGGAGUGGCAUAUUUAUUGCCAGGCAUGCGAUACUUACCAUUGAGACUGAAGCUUGCGCAGAUGCUAAAUGAGCUUUUGAAUUGCAAUCAGACGUUCUUUCCAGUUCCAUCUUUGAUAUUUGGUUGCCUAGAAUUUAGGGAAAUCUUUCAGAAAGAACAAACAGAAAAAACAAACAUUCACUUUUCAUCACUAUUGAAGGUGCCAAGGAAUCUGCUGAAAUCAAGAGAUUUCCAAGAGCAGUGCAUUCUUUCAGCUAUUGAGGUACUGUCGGCUCAUUUUGCCCAGUGGAGCUAUCAUGUUGCUUUCCCAGAAGUGGCCACCAUUCCACUCAUCCUCCUGAAAAGAUUGCAUGAGCAGACAACAAUUGAUUCCCUUCACCGUCCUCUUAAACGACUGAUAGACCAGGUGAGCGAGAACAGGGAUUUUGUACAGAGGAAGAGAGAGGUUGUUUCUUUCUCACCAAACGACAUGUCAUCAGUUGAGAGCUUCCUCGAGGACGAGAAGAUGAGUGGAAACGCAUCCUUCACGCAGUAUUACGAAUCGGUAUCAAAGAAUCGUCAAUCGAGAGGAAGAAAAUUUGUGUGAAGGCAAACAUCGAGAACGUUUUAGCUGAUUGGGUGCCACAAGAGGGAUAGUUGAUGACGAAGUGAUGAAUGAAUUGAAUUUACACUUGUGGUAUUAUUGAAGGUAGCUUCUUCGAAUUAUUGACACUGUUGCUGAGCAGAUAAGCUGUGAAUGUAACCCCACCUUUUUUGAAAGAUAGGAAUUUUGGAAGACUCAGAACUC